CUCACCAAAAACCGAAUCCAAAUUUCAACCAACACACAUUCUCCAAUUUUCUUCCAUUUUCCUCUCUUCUUCAAGCAUCAAUUCAUCCGCCCAAACCCCUGAUUUCCCUAUCCUUCCUUCCUUCCAUGUUCCUUCUGAUUCAUCUUCGAAUCUGAAAGCCCACAUUUGCAGUUCUCAGGCGUCGCCAUGAGCAAGGAGAAGAUUUUUCACAGCGGCGUCUUCUCCAUCUGGUUAUUCUUGUUGUUCAUUUCUGUCCGAUUUGUUGAUGCUCAGGAUUAUUCGGUGGAGGAUUAUGACUAUGGAGAUGAAGGCGGUGGUGGUGGCGGUGGCGGUGACGGUGACGGUGGCGGUCUUGGUGGCGGUAUUCAGUCAGCCACCGGGGAUUUAUUGGCUCAGCUUGUUAAUGAUCGGAUUAAGAAUUUCACCUCUGUUUUCAAGGAUGAUAUUCAGAAACAUUUCGGUUUCUGCAUUUCCGACGCGAAUGCUGAUUGGGAUGGAGCCUUCAAUUUCACUCAUAAUUCUGAAUUCAUUUCUAUCUGCGCUAGAAAGAGCAAAGAUCUUCUAAUGAGAAUAUGCACAGCAGCAGAAGUGAAAUUCUACUUAAACAGUUAUUUCAGCAGCAGUGCAUCUUCAAAGAGAACAAAUUACUUGAAACCAAACAAGAAUUGUAAUCUGUCAUCAUGGGUAUCAGGUUGUGAGCCUGGUUGGGCUUGUGGUACUGGAAAAGGUCAGAAAGUUGAUUAUAAAAAUGUUAAAGUUAUACCUUCAAGAACCACCAACUGCAAGCCUUGUUGUGAAGGUUUCUUCUGCCCCCAUGGCAUUACUUGUAUGAUCCCUUGUCCAUUGGGUGCUUAUUGUCCACUUGCAAAACUCAACAAAACCACGGGUGUCUGUGAACCUUACCAUUAUCAGUUACCACCAGGAAAACUGAAUCACACAUGUGGAGGAGCAGAUGUGUGGGCAGAUAUCUUGAGCGGUAGUGAGAUUUUUUGCUCGGCAGGAUCCUAUUGCCCUUCUACUAUCCAAAAAAAUCCUUGCAGUAGUGGGUAUUAUUGUAGAACUGGUUCAACUUCUCAACAAAGAUGUUUUCGAAUGGCGACAUGUACGCCAAGAUCAGCUAAUCAAAAUAUCACUGCAUAUGGUGUCAUGCUUUUUGCCGGACUAAGUUUCCUUCUGAUCAUUAUUUACAACUGCUCCGACCAAGUUCUGUCGACUCGAGAGAGACGACAAGCGAAAUCGAGAGAGAAGGCUGUCCAAAGUGUAAGAGAAACAGCACAAGCACGUGAGAAAUGGAAAUCUGCAAAAGACAUUGCCAAGAAACAUGCAGUUGAGCUACAAACACAAUUCUCUCGCACGUUCUCUCGCAGAAAAUCCACAAAACACCCAGAUCUUAAAGGCUUUGGCCAACCUAAGCCUGGAACAGAUGCUGCCUUAGGAGCUAUGCCACCUGGUGGUGGUUCAUCGUCUACAACAUCAAAAGGGAAGAAGGAGAAGAGCAACCUGACAAAGAUGAUGCAAUCAAUUGAUAAAGACCCAGAUAGCCAAGAAGGCUUCAAUUUAGAGAUUGGUGAUAAAAACAUUAAGAAACAAGCACCAAAGGGCAAGCAAUUGCACACACAGAGCCAGAUAUUCAAGUAUGCAUAUGGCCAAAUUGAGAAGGAGAAAGCCCUGCAAGAACAGAAUAAGAAUUUGACUUUUUCUGGAGUAAUCUCAAUGGCAAAUGAUAUUGACAUUGAGAUUAGGAAAAGGCCUAUGAUUGAGGUUGCUUUUAAAGAUUUAACUCUCACUUUGAAAGGCAAAAAUAGGCAUUUGAUGAGGUGUGUUACUGGGAAAAUUAUGCCUGGUAAAGUUUCUGCUGUGAUGGGUCCAUCAGGGGCUGGAAAAACAACAUUUCUCUCUGCUUUGGCUGGAAAAGUGACUGGUUGUACUAUGUCUGGAAUGAUUCUUAUCAAUGGUCAAAUGGAAUCAAUUCAUUCAUAUAAGAAAAUCAUUGGCUUUGUGCCACAAGACGAUAUUGUGCACGGGAACUUGACAGUGGAGGAGAAUCUUUGGUUUAGUGCGAGAUGCAGACUUUCUGCUGAUUUGCUCAAACCUGAAAAGGUGCUCGUUGUAGAAAGAGUCAUUGAAUCUUUGGGGUUACAGGCGGUAAGGGAUUCUCUUGUUGGGACAGUGGAGAAGAGAGGAAUCUCUGGAGGUCAAAGAAAAAGAGUAAAUGUUGGCUUGGAAAUGGUUAUGGAACCUUCACUUUUGAUCUUGGAUGAACCCACUUCUGGUCUUGACAGUUCUUCUUCACAGUUACUCCUCAAAGCACUUAGACGCGAGGCUCUUGAAGGAGUAAACAUUUGCAUGGUUGUUCACCAACCAAGCUACACAUUGUUCAGCAUGUUUGAUGAGUUGAUUCUUCUAGCCAAAGGAGGGCUAACAGUGUACCAUGGACCAGUAAAGAAAUUGGAGGAGUAUUUUGCUACUCUUGGGAUUACAGUCCCUGAGAGAGUUAACCCACCUGACUAUUUUAUUGACAUUUUGGAAGGAAUUGUGAAACCAACCACAACUACAGGCAUAACUUACAAGCAACUCCCUGUGAGAUGGAUGCUCCACAAUGGGUACCCAGUCCCCAUGGACAUGCUACAGAGCAUUGAGGGCAUGACAGCUUCGGCAGCGGGCGAAAACUCGAGCCAUGGAGGGACCGGUGCCCAUGAUACUAGUGACUCUGUGUCAUUUGCUGGAGAGUUUUGGCAGGAUGUUAAGCAUACUGUUGAGGUGAAGAGAGAUCACAUCCAACUUAAUUUCUUGAAGUCAAGUGAUUUGUCUAACCGCAAAACCCCUGGUGUAGCCCAACAGUAUAAGUACUUUCUUGGAAGAGUUGGAAAGCAGAGGCUACGAGAAGCUCGGACACAGGCUGUAGACUAUUUGAUUUUAUUGCUUGCUGGGAUAUGCUUGGGAACAUUAGCUAAAGUGAGUGAUGAAUCAUUUGGCUCACUUGGUUAUACAUACACUGUCAUAGCUGUCUCUCUGCUAUGCAAGAUUACGGCAUUGAGAUCAUUUUCAUUAGAUAAACUACAUUAUUGGAGAGAAAGUUCUUCUGGAAUGAGCAGCUUAGCUUAUUUUCUUGCAAAGGAUACAAUUGAUCACUUCAACACAAUCAUAAAGCCUAUGGUUUAUCUCUCUAUGUUCUAUUUCUUCAACAAUCCCAGAUCUUCUAUAACAGACAAUUACAUUGUGUUGGUUUGCUUGGUUUAUUGUGUCACUGGAAUUGCCUAUGCUUUAGCCAUCUUCCUCGAACCUGGCCCUGCCCAACUUUGGUCAGUACUUCUUCCAGUUGUUUUGAUGCUCAUUGCAACUCACAAUAGUGAUGACAACAAACUUGUAGAUUCAAUAAGUAAGGUUUGCUACACAAAGUGGGCCUUGGAAGCUUUUGUCAUAGCCAAUGCUAAAAGGUACUCGGGGGUAUGGUUAAUUUCACGAUGUGGUUCAUUAAUGCAAAAUCGCUAUGAUCUCCAAAAUUGGUACAAAUGUUUAAUCUGUCUCUUUGCAACUGGAGUAAUUAGUCGUGGAACUGCAUUCUUUUGUAUGGUUACUUUCCAAAAGAAGUAAAUUGUGAAAUUAACAUUAAUGUUUCUGUACAUAGAAAUGGGAAACAA